AGACCUGAGUGGAUGCAGAGUCUCAGGUGGCGCUGUAAUGCCGGGUUCAGAGAUGCCCAACUUAGGGCCCAGCGCAGAGCCCUGCUCUGUUGAACUGUGUUCUCUGUCUGCAGUCCUCGCUAAUGUCACAGCAUGUGGGCCCGAGGAGGUUUGCCAAGCGGACAACACGUGCGCUAUUCCUCCGGUGGUGUGCACGGUGACGGGCUCCACGGUGAUUGGUUUCCACGGAGCAGUGCACUCUGUCCAGGAUCGCUGUGCCUACAGUCUGAUGGAGCCUGAAGGCAGCGCCAGCUUCAACCUCACGGCCGCCUUCAGGGAGCGCCGGCGUACAGAUGUUCCUCUUCUGGACCACCUGAUCCUGUCGCUGCCAGGUGUGACCAUGUAUCUGGAGCAAGGAGGAAGAGUUCGGGUUGGUGGUGAAGCCCUGGUGCUCAACAGCACAGCUCAGCUGAUGCACGGCGUGGAGCUCUCCAAGGACCAGACUGGAGUCACUGCUAAGUUCCCGUCCUCCAACAUGACUCUCUUUUUCGAUGGCAACAGCGCACAUGUGGCAGGACUUCCUGAAGCUGUAGAGGGUUUGUGUGGCAGCCCCUCCAACUCCAGCUGGACCACCAGCCUGACUGCCGAGAAGUCCUCUGUCAGCCUCCCUGGCUGUGAGAUUCAAUCCCAGGACUCAGUCGACAGCACCAUCAACUGCAACCGCUCCACCGACCACUGUAAUCUCAUGAGGCAGCCUCCCUUCUCCGCCUGUCACGAGCACACCGACCCAGAGCCGUACAUCAGCGCCUGCACACACACUCUGUGCAGUUACCCGUCAGUGGAUGGGGUCGACUGCCACUUUUUGGAGGCUUACGCCAAGGCCUGCAGCCUGAAAACCAAAGUCACCCUGGAGGACUGGAGGUCAACUUCUGGCUGCUGUAAGAUUCUCUAUUUCCAUUCGUACUGGAACUCGUGCAGUCAACAGCCCUGCAGUGAUCAUGAGUUCUGUGGAGAGGAGUUAGGUUCGACCCGCUGCUUCUGCAGGGCUCUGUUCGCAACCAAGUACAACGCCACCAAGUCUUUAGGCGAUCCCACGGUCUGCAGGCAGGACUCGGCCUCUGUGGUUCUGGCUGGAUGUCUGCUGGACGACAAAGGCAUCGACUUCUCCACCUUACACCUCAAAGACCCCAGCUGCAAGGGCCACAUGGACCCCCAGAGCCACCUGGUGACCUUCAGCUUCAAUAGCAGCGCCCCCUGCGGGACGGAGGUCAUGAGAAACAACAGCCAGAUCUUCUACGAGAACUCCAUCAUGUCCUUGAACAGCUCAUCAGGCGGAGUCAUCACCCGCAGCGACCAGUUCCAGAUCGACUUCUCCUGCAAGUACACACAGCCAGAGGUCAGGAGUGUGUCCUUCAGGAUCCAAGACAGCUCUGUGGUGCAGCAGCUUGUAUCUGGAGAGUGGAACUACACUCUGACGAUGAGCUCCUUCAGCGACGCCGGCCUCCUGCAGCUUGUCGGCCCGAACACGGAGAUCCUGCUGAACCAGACGGUCUGGCUGCAGCUGGAGGCGGUGGGGCUGGACGGCAACAUGGUCGCCAUGGUGACAGACUCCUGCUGGGCAACCAAUCAGGCAUCACCUGACAGUAAUCUGCAAUAUGACCUCAUCAUCACCGGAUGUCCGAACCCUGCUGAUGAUACGGUGCAGAUGCAGGGAAACGGACAGGGAACGUCCAGCGUGUUCUCCUUCAACAUGUUCGAGUUCUCUGGAGCAAGCAGUGAAAUCUACCUGCACUGCAAACUGGAGCUGUGCCCCACACAGGGCCAGGCCUGCACUCCGAGCUGUGGGGGGGCAGGUCGCAGGAGGCGCAGAUCUGCUAUAUACACUGAGGGGAACGCGGCCCUCAUCACUAUGGGAUGGAGAAACUGAAGAGCUUUGCAUGCUGAUUCCUGACGGUGGAAAUGAAGGUCCUGUUGCUGUGAAACUGAGCCGGCACAUUAUCUGAGAUUAUUCCUGAGGACUCCAGUUAUUCUGAGCUUUAACUUCUUUAUGAUGUGGGGGUAAUAAUCAAAAGGGGUUAUUUUACUAUGUGCACUGGUAUAUAAUUUCUUCUUUAAUAUACUGUCUGUUUUUAAAUGUGCACAGCCUGAAAGCUACCUGAGUGUUAAAGAAGGGAAACAGGAAGUGAAUGAGAACUGAAAUGAGGAUUACUACCCAGGAAGAGGAUUAGAUCAGAUGUAAUUCCUCAGAGCACGCUGUUGUACUUUUAUUAUGAUUUUAUUACCAAUGGAACCGAAAACAAUUAAUAAAGUGAGUGGGAAAAAUAUA